AUGGAUCACAAACCAGUUUAUUGUCUUUUAUGUUUUAAAAGCGAAAAUCCUGCCAAAGCAAUUAGCUGUGAGGAACAGCCGAAAGCAGUUACUAUUUUGUGUCGUCAGUUUUGGUUUACUUCCGAAGAAAUCGAACAAAAAUGUGUGUGCAGUGUAUGUUGGACGUAUGUGGAUGAGUUUAACAACUUCUACGAACAAAUUAAGCUGAUACACGAUGCUGAAGAGCAGGAGCAAAUGGCACUUCAGGAGGAUUCCAUGCACAUCGCAUGUGGUGUUGAUAGAAUUGAUACUGAAAUGUUGAUAGAAGAGGAAUCAUCUUUGUUGUCCGAGACGCUAGGGGUGGAUGAAUGCCAUGAUGCUGAUCCUUUGAUCAACCAAAUAAAAGUUGAAACAAUCACCAUAGAAUCAAUCGAUGCUGUAAACUCUGUUAAAGAUGAGUCAAAAGAAAUCAAUGUUGAACAGGAAAACCAUUUUGGAGGAAACUUUCAAGAACAGAAUUUACCAAAAACUAGACAAAACUCCUGUACUUUGGAACGUAUCAAGUGCCACACACUUGGAAAUACAACGGAACAAGCAACGGACGAGAACACAAAUAGUGCAUUUCUCUUCACACAUCAGCAGGAUAAUCGCCGAAAACAAAAUGUUGCAUCAGCUGAACCAAAUGUCUGCACUGAUUGUGGAAAAUUAUACCCUACCGAACAAAGCCUAGAGCAGCACCGCAAAAGAGAUCAUAGGCCCGGGCUUAUGUGCGAUAUCUGUUCGAAAUGGCUUAAAACUCCGGAGAGUUUACGUAAGCACCAACAAAACAGUCAUCACCCGGAACGCACAGACCGCGUGGAAUGCUCCAUUUGUAAAAAAUGGAUGAAAAAUACAGGAAGCCUUAAAAAGCACAUGAUCCGACACGAAACGAGCGAUAAACCGAACAUAUGCGAUAUCUGUGGCAAGGUUUCUCCCAACUAUUCGGCACUACGUAGUCACAAACUGUUUGUGCACGAAAUGCAAAGGACAUUCAGUUGUUUGAUUUGUAAAAAGGCUUUCAAAAGGGCGUUUACGUUGGAGGAACACAUGACUACGCACACGGGCAGUUCACUGUACAAUUGUCCUCACUGCACGAGAACGUUCAAUUCAUCCGCUAAUUUACACGCGCACAGGAAGAAAAUGCAUCGGAAAGAGUGGGAGAUAAGCCGGAAUGAGUACGAAAAACGGUUUCGUGGGGAACAAUAA